CAGACUAUCCUCGCUCGCUCUCGCUCUCUCUCUCUCUCUCUCUCUCUCUCUCUCUCCCCUAAAUUCUGUUUUCCCAUUUUCUGAAAUGUUUUCUCCCACUCUCUUUUCCAAAAUUUCCUAGAAAAUCAUCUUCCUUUUCCUCUACGUGCUUUGACGACUUCCUCAAGCGCCGAAUCGCACAAUCAACGCUUACGCAUGUAGUCGUACUGCCUGACCGCAGCAGCUUCAGUGAGUACUCUCGACCUAUCUGGCAGGCAUCCAAGUGGAGAAUUUGAGGCGAAGGUGGUUCUACUUUCGGAUCUGGAGAUGAAUUCCUGAACAAAUGCGGCUGUUGCGGAGCUUAGCAUUCCACUUGAGGGUUUAGCAAAGGAUUGUAUGAAGCCAGUCGCUGCUUCUGUUCGGAAUGUCUCAAGGUAUUGAUUGUACUCCCGGAAACGAGGAAGGCUUACUCCAUUUUCACCGACACGUGCCUUGUGGUGAACGGCCCAUGAAAAACUGGUCUACUUUUGCAUUGCUUUAUUCCAUCUUUAUUGUUGUUACUCUUCUUCCUCUGGCACUUGCUGACCUCAACUCAGAUAAAGAAGCCCUGCUUGCCUUUAAUGCUGCUGUUCCUCAUGGUCGGAAACUCAACUGGAACAAUGCUACUCCUGUUUGCACAACUUGGGUAGGCAUCAAUUGCACUUCAGAUGGUACCCGUGUACAAGGCCUUCGACUUCCUGGUGUUGGACUUAUUGGCCCCAUCCCAGCCAACACCCUUGGAAAGUUGGAUGCCCUGAAGGUUCUUAGCCUUCGUUCCAAUCUCCUAAAUGGAAAUCUUCCUUCUGAUAUCCCCUCGCUCCCUUCCUUACAGUACCUCUUCCUUCAACAUAACAACUUCUCCGGUGACAUGCCAACCUCCUUUUCACCCAGGCUCAAUGUUCUGGAUGUCUCAUCCAAUUCCUUCACAGGCAAGAUUCCAGUAACACUUAAGAAUUUAACACAGCUUACUGGAUUGAAUCUACAGAACAAUUCUCUUUCUGGACCUAUUCCAAAUGUCACCUUCCCAAAGCUCAAGCAUUUGAAUUUAAGCUACAACCACCUUAAUGGUUCCAUCCCGUCUUCUUUUCGGAACUUCCCGAAUUCUUCAUUUGUAGGAAACUCUUUUUUGUGUGGCCCACCUCUUAAUCCUUGCUCUCCUAUAUUGCCUCCUCCUCCUCCUCCUUCUCCACCCAGUCUCCCUAAGAAACAAAGCUCCAAAAAGAAACUCACAAGAGGAGCUAUUAUUGCUAUUGCAGUUGGAGGGGCUGUGGUGCUCUUUCUUGCCACUCUGGUCAUACUAUUGUGUUGUCUGAAGAGAAAGGAUAGAGAGGGUAGCACUGUGUUGAAAGGAAAGGCCUCCGGUGGUGGAAGGAGUGAGAAGCCGAGGGAGGAGUUUGGCAGUGGAGUGCAAGAGCCUGAAAAGAACAAGUUGGUUUUCUUUGAAGGCUGUUCUUUUAAUUUUGAUCUUGAGGAUUUAUUGAGGGCCUCAGCUGAGGUGUUGGGUAAGGGAAGUUUUGGGACUGCAUAUAAGGCUGUCUUGGAGGAGUCAACCACAGUUGUUGUAAAACGACUGAAAGAAGUAGUUGUCGGAAAAAAGGACUUUGAACAACAGAUGGAGAUUAUAGGGAGAGUUGGGCAGCACCCAAACAUUGUGUCUCUGCGUGCUUAUUAUUACUCAAAGGAUGAGAAGCUCCUGGUUUAUGAUUAUGUUCAGAACGGCAGCUUGUCUGCACUCUUGCAUGGUAACAGGGGUGGCGGAAGAACUCCUCUAGACUGGGAGACGAGAGUCAAGAUUUCACUUGGAGCUGCGAGGGGCAUUGCCCAUAUUCAUUCCAUGGGUGGUGCAAAAUUCUCCCAUGGAAACAUCAAGUCCUCAAAUGUUCUUCUCAACCAAGAUCUAGACGGCUGCGUCUCUGACUUUGGCUUAGCCCCAGUGAUGAACUUCCCUCCAUCCCGACAUGCUGGCUACCGUGCUCCCGAGGUGAUUGAAACAAGAAAGCACACUCACAAAUCAGACGUGUACAGCUUCGGCGUGCUGCUACUGGAGAUGCUAACCGGAAAACAGCCACUCCAGUCACCUGGGCGCGAUGACAUGGUGGAUCUCCCCAGGUGGGUGCAUUCAGUGGUCCGGGAGGAAUGGACGGCUGAAGUCUUCGAUGUAGAGCUGAUGAGGUUCCAGAACAUCGAAGAAGAGAUGGUGCAGAUGCUGCAGAUCGCAAUGGCAUGUGUAGUGAGGGUGCCAGACAUGAGACCCAGCAUGGAUGAAGUUGUUAGGAUGAUCGAAGAGGUCCGGCAAUCUGACUCGGAAAACCGGCAGUCUUCAGAAGAGAAUAAAUCCAAGAAUUCAAAUGUCCAGACCCCGUGACUGUGUUGGAGAUGUUGGUUCUUUUCAUUCUUUUUCUUGGAAAUUCAUCAUCAUCUGAUUCAGGAUAUUAAGUAACCCUUCAAAAGUGUGAAUGUAUUUAAUCCUGCCGGCCCUUAUUCUCUGGAUGGUUGUUACUUGUAUUUUGUUUCCCCUUUCUUUAUUUUUAUUGUGUGUAAGAAAUCAUUUGACCUAUUAAUUAAUUGUUGUCUCAUUCUGAUGGAUAAAUUCACCCCAAAAUUUUCA